CUGGUCUGCCCCGUAUUCUACUUUCCUCUUUAGCCCAAAGGAGUCUUUCACAGUAUGACGUCCGAGUCAUCAUUCAGCAGCUCUUCAGAACACACGGGGGAUCCUAUAUCCUGUGAAGAGAAUGACAAUGAAAUGGACGAACGAAAAUUUCUUAAGAAUUGGACAUAUUGCAUCCGUUCGGAUUUUGCUUCAUUGUCUGGUGUGCCGGCCACUUGGGAGAAUGGCUAUCCAAAGUACUGGGGUCAGGAAGAAGCAAAGAUCUUUCUCGACGGGGAGGCGACCACCCCUGCCAUAAGUCCAGAUAAUCAGAUAAUUGCAAUAGGAAUUGCAAAUCAAAUUCACUUAUUCCGUGUGAACACCAAGGAGCGAGUCGAUGUGUUACAUGGACAUCCUGGGGAGGUAGUUACUGUCGCCUUUGCACCCAGCCUAGAUAAGGACUCGAUCGACAAGCCGGAUGCCCCACGCUAUUUGUUAUCAUCACAGAGUGAAGAAGAAGGUGGAGGAAACGGGUACAUUAUAGUAUGGGAGCUUGAUCAGUAUGGCAUGAAAAUGCCUUCCUCGAAAGAGGAACAAGAACAACAAUUCAUGCACUGUUUCCCCGGCGAAUUGGGCUCAUUCGGGGGGGCUGUCUUCAGUCCUGACGGUAAAACGAUGAUAUACAUCGUCCAAAACGUUACAAUUGACUAUUAUACUGGGAAUUGCCGUUACUCCCCCUGUGUUAUUCUCUGGGAUGUAGAUAGCCGAUUAAUUCGACAUCAGCUCCAAGAUCACACAGACAUUGUAAUAUGGAUCAGCAUCAGCCCAGAUAACUCCCUUGCUGCUUCCAUAUCGUGGGAUAGCACCGUGCGGAUCUGGGAUAUUCUCUCCGGCAAAUCCCUUCAUAUUAUUAGACCCUUGGGCGGCCAACUUUAUCCGGAUGGAAGAUUUUUGGCUGGUGGGCUUCAGAUUGGUGCACUUUGCCUGUGGGACCCUUAUACAGGAAUGGAGAAACAGAGAUGGUCUCUGCAUUUUGAUGAUUCUAUGAUGCAGGAAUACGCAACUAUUGGAGGCGUACAGUUUAUCGGCGACAAGUUGAUCUUCCGGAUACUUGAGGGAACGGUUGAGAUAUAUAAUCUGGCUACGAAUCUCAAGCAGCAGUUUACACGGGGACCAGACACUAAGAUCAGCAGGUGUCCACGCGGGGAAAUGGUCUGCUCGAGGGAUUCCAAGCUGCUUAUUAUCCCAGAUUCUGACGGAACCUUACGUUUCUGGAGACUAUAAAUGAUAGACAAGUACGAAAG